AUGUGGCAGGGCAAUCUAUUUGGGAAUAUUUCAGAUGUAAAUGCAAGGUGCAAGGAGUUUGAUAAUGGUACAGCCCUUCACAUUGCUGCAAGUAACCUUGGCAUUGAUGCUGUAAAGUGUCUGCUGAAUCACGGAUCUGAUAUCAGCAUACGAGACAAGUUGGGAAGAUUAGCUUUGGACUGCGUGCCCAAUGUCGCUGUGUAUGAAGUAGAAUCUGAGUCCGCAAUCUCAGCAUCCACACUGAUGCAGCUGCUAACUGAGGCUGAACCCCCCGCAAAGUCACCUCGUGAACAACAGAAUUCAGACAUAGCAGCAUCUUUAGCAGCGUUGGGAAUCCAACUAGGAGACAGAGUUUUAGUUGGUGGAACAAAGGAUGGUAUAUUACGUUAUUGUGGAUUGACCGAGUUUGCCUCAGGGGAGUGGGCAGGGGUAGAGUUGCACGAACCAGUUGGCAAGAAUGAUGGGUCUGUUUCAGGGGUGGAGUACUUCCAUUGCCAACCAAAUCAUGGUAUAUUUGCUCCAAUAUCGAAGAUUUCUAAAGACGAGUGCCCUCCAGGCUCCCGGUCGAGKUCUCUUCCAGUAUCGACCGCGCGUAUUCCYCAGGUUCAUCAGCCAAAUGGUACGUCAUUACCAGGAUCAAAGACAACAUCUCGAACUACGUCACGUUCAACGUCACCUUCGUCUCAACAUGAUGUUGACGAAGCUGAGAUUGCUGGGAAGUUUGAGUUGGGAGAUCGUGUUGUUGUGGCAGGACAAAAAACAGGUCACGUUCAAUACAUCGGACAAACACAGUUCGCGCCUGGUUGUGUGUUUAGAAAUCAAGAAGCUCUUGAUAAAUUAUAUGGACCCUUAAAGGACAGAUAUAAGGACAGAUAUGGUGGAUUUGUAAAAAUAACUGCAAUACCAUGUCCACCUAAAGCAUUGUACCCCAAAAUGGCAUAUGUAGAACUAGUGGAUAAUGAACUUGAACCACUUCCAAGUUUUCCUGUCAUUAGGCAAGGAAAGAUAGUAGUGUAUGGAGAAGAUAGCAAUAAUGAAGUGGAAAAUGCUGUGGCUCUAAAAAGUUAG